AUGGGAAGCGUCGAAGAACCAAAGCAGCAGCGCUUGCGCCUGCCCUGGAUCGAAACCCCUCUGAUUGAAUCCACCAGCCUCUCCAAAGCUGCCGGAUGCCGCAUAUUCCUCAAGCUCGACAACCUCCAGCCCAGCGGCUCCUUCAAGUCCCGCGGCAUUGGUAACCUCGUCCGCGGACAUGCCUCGGACCCCGCCAACAAGGGGAAGAGACUGCACUUCUUCAUCCCUUCCGCUGGAAACGCCGGUCUGGGGGCCGCCUUUGCGGCCUCUGCCCUGAAAUACCCCUGCACCGUCGCCGUGCCCUCCAACACCAAGCCCGUCAUGAUCAAGAAGCUGCAGCAGGCCGGUGCCCGCGUCGUUCCCCAUGGCGCCAAUCUGGACGAGGCCGCCACCCGUAUGCGCGAGAUGAUGAAGGAGCUCACGGAAAACGGCACUCCAGGGGGCACCGAGGUCGUCGCCAUUGAACUUCACCCCUUCGACCGCCAGCACAUCUGGGAGGGUGUAAGCACACUGUCAGACGAGCUCGCAUACCAGCUUCCCCCGGCCGAGGAAGGUGACCAGUGCACCCGCAAGGCCCUGCCCUGCGAUGCCAUCGUCCUCUCCGUCGGCGGCGGCGGGCUCAUGAACGGCAUCAUCAUGGGCAUUGAGCGCCAGGCCCCCAUGCUCGAAGCCGCUGUCAGCACCACAGCGGCCAAUGGUACUACAACUGCAGCCACCCCUACUCCCACCAGGGACGACAACAUCCACAUCAUUGCCACCGAGACCCGCGGCGCUCACGCCCUCGCUGCAUCCGUAGAGAAGGGUGCUCUCACCUCCAUGACGAAGAUCACAUCCGCCGCCACCUCGCUCGGCGUCCUCCGCGUCGCCGAGAAGACAUACGAGAAUUACGUCUCCCCGCCAAAGGGCAUCAAGGUGCAUUCCCUCGUCCUUUCCGACGCUGACGCCGCACGAGGUGUCCUACAUCUCGCCGAAGAGGAGAAGAUACUCGUCGAACUCGCCUGUGGUGUCUCCGUCGAAGCAGCCCUGGGACCCCAUCACCAAGCCGACACCGCACCUCCGCCUGCAAAGAGAGUCAAGCUCGAUGCUGAUAGUGUCCCCGCUACCAACGGAACAUCAGCAGCCAACGGAGUCGUGAACAAGACCUAUUUGCAGCAGCUCAUUCCCAACUUCGGUCCACAGACAAGAGUCGUCAUCGUUGUUUGUGGAGGAAGCAAUGUUUCACUUGAUAUGGCCUCUGAGUGGAGACAGAGACUCGAUGCCGGCUGGGGAAGCGAUGAUGUUGGCACCAUCGUCCUCCCGCCAACCCCAGCACCAGCACCGACUGCUGCAUCAACAUGA